AUGAAUUGCCCACCGAACCAUGCACCUCUUUAUUUCCAGAGGGAAGACCUGCAGCCUGGUAGCAAGAUGAACGUCACCAUGAUGAUCACCCCCGUAGCUUCUAGUGGUGGUCGUUUCUUCCCCCGCCAGCGAGCUCAAGCAAUUCCCUUCUCAACCUCCAAUAUCACUGCCAUCCUCAAGAUGUUCUCCAUCGAACCCGAAUCCGACCGUGCAUCUCUUACCAGGGAAACACUUGAGGAUUGUGAGGCGGCUGCAAUUAAAGAAGAAGUAAAGCAUUGUGCAACAUCACUAGAGUCGAUGAUCGAUUUCGUUGUUGCGGAGUUGGGAACAAGACAGAUUCAUGCGGUGGCCACUUCUGCUGUUAACAGAGAGGAGGCUGCGAAGGUCAGGAGUUACAGAGUAGGUGCUGGUGGUGGAAGGAUGCUGUCCAAUAAAGUCAUGGCAUGCCACAACACUGUGUUUCCUUUUGCUGUGUUCUACUGUCACAAUUUCGCUGGCACAAGGGUGUACAUGGUUCCGUUGGUUGCUGAAGAUGGUAGCCGAGUGAACGCCAUUGCUUUGUGUCAUUUCGAUACAUCAAACUGGAAUCCCCAGCAUGAGAGCUUCAGGGUGCUGGGUGUGAAGCCAGGAACUGUGCCCAUUUGCCACUUUAUUGUAGAGGGCCUUGCUUGGGUUCCCAACUGA